CAUGGAUGUUUCAAUGCAAAAAGUUGAAGGGUUAUCAAUAAUAUUUUUAAUUCACCUUUGUACCUACGCUCUGUUGGCUCGCGCUGUAUGAACUGGACUGUAUUACUGUGAAUCGGUCUGUGAUAAUCAGACGCGGAUCUAAAAUUCCUUAGUUCGGAACUAAUUAAUAUAGUGUAGGAAAAUGUUGUUACAUCUGUAUUCUGCAGUCUGCUGGCUUCUGCGCAUUCGGGUUAUUCUCGAACCUGACAGUCUUGGAUGUAACGGGCAUGGCGAUAUGGACGCUUGUGGUCAGUGUAUAUGUGAGAAGAAUUACUUCGGUAACGCAUGUGAAUGUUACUACUCGGAAACGUUACAGUGGGGACCACAAAAUACGUCUGCUGCAAUAGCUGAAUGCACACCAAAUGAUGUCGAGGACGCUCUCGUCUGCUCCGGCAAAGGAAAGUGUCACUGUGGACACUGUAGAUGUUUUCCAACGAAAUCGAAUCCUAACGAGAGAUAUUCCGGACGUUUCUGUGAGUGUGAUGACUAUUCGUGCCCCUGUCAUGAUAAUAUGAUAUGCGGAGGACAUGGCCGAUGUCACUGCGGGAAAUGUGUCUGUAAUGAAGGAUUCACAGGGGAAGCGUGCGAGUGUUCAACCUCCCAGGACACGUGCAUGUCAUCUAAUGGACAGAUAUGCAAUGGAAAGGGCGCUUGUGUUUGUGGGGUGUGUGAAUGUGAAGUCGGAUCGCCAUAUAAGGGACCAACAUGUGAGGACUGUCCUCCGAUCGUUGAGAUGUCAAGUGUCAUGUGCAAUAAUCACGGUUCACUGGACUCGUGCGGUCAGUGCAUCUGUGAAGAAAGCUAUUAUGGCAACAACUGUGAAUGUGAAGAGGAUCUUACAGCCCUAUGUAUCAGCCCAGAUACGACAUCGUCCAUCCCGUGUUCCGGUAGAGGGGAGUGUAUAUGUGGCAUGUGCUCGUGUUUCGCUCGCCGUGCUCAUUCUGCACAAAAAUACAGCGGAAGAUACUGCGAAUGUGACGAUUAUUCCUGCAGUUACCACAAUAACCAGCUUUGUGGAGGUCACGGUCGGUGUAUAUGCGGGAAAUGCAUGUGUGACGAUGGCUAUUCAGGAGACGCCUGCGAAUGUCCUUUGUCUCAGAAUUCGUGUUUCACAGAUGGAGGGGUGCUAUGUAACGGCGUUGGAAACUGCGUGUGCGGCGUAUGUGAAUGUGACGCGUAUUCACACUACCGUGGACCAACCUGCGAGGAGUGUCCGACGUGCCCAGGUCAAUGCCAGAAGUAUAGGGAGUGUAUAUUGUGUAAAGUGUUUGGCAGAGGACAAUACUCAGCGGAAGAAUGUGUUCAAAAGUGUCCAUUGGUUGAAAUUGUUGAUAAGAUAAAUGAAGAAGAAGUCAUGCUAAUUCCCAACAUGAACCUUUGUAGAUAUACGGAUGCUGAUAAUGGUAUGUCAUACUUCUUUACGUACAAGUAUGGGGAACUCAACAAAAUACACCUGACUGCGCAAAAGACAAUGGAAGCGGACAAUAUGGGGAAUCUGUGUAUGGAGGCAAUGUCGUGUGAGGAGUGCUUUAACAUUUCAUCUACAUGUGGUUGGUACAAGCACCUGGAGUUACCUUCAAAUAUCAGACAUCAUUGCGAUUUGCUCAACAAUCAUUUACAAUCUGGAAUCUCAGCAGACGACAUUCUAACAUCUGCGACAUCCUCUAACGUAACGAUAUUGGAACCAGCGAGUAUGAUGUGUAUGGGUCGAGGUUCACUGGACACGUGCGGGCAGUGCGAGUGUGAACCUGAAUACUAUGGUAAGAGAUGUGAAUGCGACGCUAGUUACGGGGUGACAAGUGAAGAAGCCCGAAGUCAAUGUAUAAAUCCUAGAUCGGCUGAUUACGUUCUAUGUUCCGGUAGAGGAGAAUGCAUCUGCGGCAUGUGCUCAUGCUUGCCGCGACGCUCCGGCUCGCCACAAAGGUUCACAGGUCAAUAUUGCGAAUGUGACGACUACUCGUGUCCUUACCACAGCAACAGGAUGUGUGGAGGGAAUGGUCAAUGUGUGUGUGGAGAAUGUCAGUGUUACCCCGGCUUCGAAGGUGAUUCAUGUGACUGUCCGACUGCCCUUGAUACGUGCAUGUCACGUGAUGGAAAGAUAUGCAAUGGUCAGGGCGAAUGUGUUUGCGGCGUGUGUGUUUGUGAUGGAAGUUAUAGAGGACGAACAUGUGAAGAAUGCCCUACGUGCCCUGGACCAUGCAUGCAGUAUAAAGAUUGUGUCUUAUGCCAUGCAUUCGGUUCAGGUCCAUACAAUCGGGAAGAAUGUAGGAGCAAAUGUUCCAUGGAUAACAUUUUGUUAGUCGACACUUUGGAUAUAGAUGGGGAAAAUCGGGAUGAAAAUUUAUGCAGUUUCAUCGACUAUUCCGAUAACACCCGUAUUUAUUUCAAGUACGCAUACGAUGAAAACUACAAGAUUGAGAUCAAAGUACAGAGAGUAAAAAUUUAUAACAAGGCGUGAUGUAACAGCGAUAUCACCACCAGAAAUCUGCAAUCCCACCAGUAGUGCAAAUGUUAAAAUGUUAAAAUAUACCAUUUUGUUUACAUGUCAUAUGCAUUUACGCUGUAUUUUAUUUUACCUUACUUGUACUUUUUUGAAGCACUGGACGAAUCAAGUGAAUAACUGGCUGAUAAACACUUGGAGGCAUGACCUAAUUAAAUUCUUUUACCAUACACAGGUAAACAGUACAGAAAUUAUAUUUUCUAUGAUCUCCGAGAGAUAUUUAUUAUGAUACAACAAUAUCCUAAACAGACUGCUGAGCAACUACUUAGCCAUUAACAGUGCGUAUAGAAACAUUCUGUCCGGUAAUGUAGUUAUCUUUAUAUUCACUUAUUGAACGACAUGACACCAGGAAUAAAUAUGUUUCUAUGAAUAAAUAGAAUCUGUAGAAAGCA